AAGAAGUCGCUCCCUCCCCCCCCCCUCUUCUGUAGCUCUUCUUCAAAAUCCCCCGAAAUUCUUGGUUAGCAGCACAACGCUGAGCCGCCAUGGCCGAACCAGAGAAUUCUCCAGCCGCCGCGGUGGCGGCGAAGAAGAACCGCAAGAGGAAGAGGAACAAGAAGGCCGCGCAUGCGAGCCCCGGCCAAGCCGAGGAAGCCGCGGGGACGGAAGGGGAGAGGAGCGGGAACGAAGGAGAGCUUCGCGAGUCGAAGGGCGCUAGCCUCAAGAAGGAGAAGAAGGAGAAGAAGGGGAAGAAGAAGAAAGCGCCGAGGAGAGAGGAGGAGGAGGAGGAGGAGAGCGAAUGCAACGAGCUUCGCGGCGAGGAGGAUGGCGGCGGCGGCGGCGGCGGCGGCGGCGAGGAAGAAGAGGAAGGGGAAGGGAAGCCGCGGGAGGCGAAGAGCGUGGGGAGCGGGAUAAUGAGCACGGCGUCCUUCGAUGAGCUGGGCUUGUCUGAGCACACUGCCAAUGCUAUUAAGGACAUGGGGUUUCAGUACAUGACUCAGAUCCAAGCCCGAGCUAUUCCGCCACUUAUGGAGGGUAAAGAUGUCCUUGGUGCUGCAAGGACUGGUUCUGGAAAAACUUUGGCCUUUCUAGUACCGGCUGUGGAGUUGUUACAUAGCAUCCAUUUUACUCCUCGCAAUGGAGCGGGUGUUAUUGUGAUUUGCCCAACAAGGGAGCUUGCCAUUCAGACUCAUGCUGUGGCGAAAGAACUGCUGAAAAAUCAUUCCCAGACGCUUGGCUUGGUUAUUGGGGGCGCAGCUAGAAGAACUGAAGCUGAACGUAUUGUAAAAGGCGUUAAUCUUUUAGUAGCAACCCCUGGCCGACUUUUAGACCAUCUUCAAAAUACCAAGGGCUUCAUAUACAAAAAUUUGAAGUGCCUCAUGAUUGACGAAGCUGACAGGAUUUUGGAAGCAAACUUUGAAGAGGAAAUGAAGCAAAUUAUAAAGCUUCUACCAAAGAAAAGGCAGACAGCAUUAUUCUCAGCCACCCAAACUAAGAAGGUUGAAGAUCUUGCUCGGUUGUCAUUUCAAACAACUCCAAUAUACAUUGAUGUUGAUGAUGGGAGGACCAAGGUUACAAAUGAAGGACUGCAGCAAGGUUAUUGCAUAGUGCCCAGUGCAAAAAGAUUUGUUCUUUUGUAUUCCUUCCUUAAGAGAAACCUGUCGAAGAAAGUCAUGGUCUUCUUCUCUUCAUGCAAUUCGGUUAAGUUCCACUCGGAACUUCUCAAGUACAUUCAAGUUGAUUGCUUUGACAUUCAUGGAAAGCAAAAGCAACAGAAACGAACAACUACCUUUUUCGACUUUUGCAAAGCUGAGAAGGGAAUCUUGCUGUGUACUGAUGUUGCUGCCCGUGGACUUGACAUCCCUGCAGUGGACUGGAUCGUGCAAUAUGAUCCUCCUGAUGAACCCAAGGAAUAUAUUCAUAGGGUUGGUCGAACAGCUCGUGGAGAGGGUGGGAAAGGAAAUGCUCUCCUUUUUCUCAUCCCUGAAGAACUUCAGUUUCUUCGUUACCUAAAGGCUGCAAAAGUUCCAGUGAAGGAGUAUGAAUUUGAUGAAAAGAAGCUGGCAAACGUUCAGUCGCACCUGGAGAAGUUGGUGGCUAACAACUAUUACUUGAACAAGUCGGCUAAAGAUGCUUAUAGAUCCUACAUACUGGCAUACAAUUCACAUUCUAUGAAAGACAUUUUUAAUGUUCACCGCCUUGAUCUCCAGGCAGUUGCGGCUUCAUUCUGUUUCUCUUGCCCUCCGAAGGUUAACCUGAAUAUCGAUAGCAAUGCAUCCAAGUUCAGGAAAAAUACGCGCAAAGUGGAAGGAAGCCGGCAUGGAUUCAGUGAGAGCAAUCCCUAUGGGAGGCAGAAAGAAGGUGAUACCAGACAGUUUGUAAGAUACUAGCAGAACCAAGCCACGAAAUGAUGGAUGUUUCUGCAAGAAAUUUUGCUCGAAGUAUGUAGUUUCCGGCGGAAUUUUAGUUUCUCACUUACCCGUUUGUAUCAUGUAAAAUUGCUAUUGAAACACGAAUCUUCUCUAGGACGCGGCAGAAGAGGGAAAGACCAGAAUAUUUGUUACAUGACCUUCAAUUAUUUUGGGCGAGUAGCUGAUAAAUCAAAUAGUUAAUAAAAACUCUUCGGCUA